AGGGUCAGGGGGAGGACGCAAGAAAAAAAUCCAGGGGUAGGCUAUAGGUAAUACCCAGUUACAUCUUGAAGCUUGGGUGGUGGCUAGAAGAUGAUUGUGGAAAUGGAACCGACGCCAGCUGAGCAGCACAGUGAAAACGAACUGCUGUGCUGGCUUAAUCAGGCACUGCAAGCAGGCUUCACCAAGGUGGAACAGACAUGCUCAGGUGCUGCAUUCUGCCAGCUGAUGGACCUAUUGUUCCCUGGUUCUGUAAAUAUGGAUCGGGUCAACCUUACGGCACAGGAGGAACUGGAUAUCCUCCACAACUACAGCCUUCUUCAAGUUGCCUUUAGGAAGAAAGGAAUCACUAAAACAAUCCCUGUGGAGACUUUGAUUCAAGGAAAAUCUGAGGAGGCCUUGAGUCUUCUGCUUUGGUUCAAAGGUGUGUUCAACGGUAACUGUGAAGGACAGAAAUGCAGUUCUUUGAAAACCUGUGAUGAGGAGGGACUGGGGCCAUUACCUGCUCAGCGACCAAAAGCAUUGACACAGCUGAUCUUCUCCGAAGAAGAGGGCAAAUCCAAUAACUCUGGGGAUUGUGAAUCUGCACCAUCUCGUCUCCCAAGCACAGACAUGGCAGAGGUCGACUCAAUGAAUUCCUCUUCCUGCAGUGCUGCCACAUUAAGAUUCAUCCGCAAACAUGCGUCUGAACUAUCAGCUGGCUUCAGCUCAUCAUCGUCCUGCAAUGGUGUCAGGGCCACUCUUGGUCAUGGAUACCCAAAGGAUAUUGCAGCCAUAUGUGCCCAAACGCCAUACUGUUUGUACCUGUAUGUGGGUGUGGAACUGGGAGAGCAGGAAACAGGAAAUGUGAUCUUGAUCGGGUUCUUUGACCAAACUGUCGGAAGCUAUUGUUUGCGUAUACUGGAUGUUAUCCAGCCCAUGGAAGAUACAGAGACAACAAGUCUGAUAGAGACGUUGGACAGGUUUGAUAUUCCAGUGGAAAACCUCACCGUGUUUUACUCCAAUUUGGUGGACCGUGACCAGAGCAGUGUGUUCACAUUGGGUCUAAAAGCCAUGCAGUCUUCAGUGGUGUCAUUGUGUGGCCUUGUGAGUUUGACAGCACAAGCAUGUCAUGAGGGUCUCACAGCAACAGGACAUUAUGAGCAGGUCUUAGAACUUAUCAGGAAGAUGUCUGCGCACAACUCUUCGUCUGUCACCAAUGAUACUCUAAAGCAGCUCUUCAGUGACUUGGCAAAGCUGGACACUAAUCGCCCUUUAACUAUGCAGUCCUUGCUAUUCACCAGGACUCUUGGUAAUAUUUCCAGUCGUUGGUCUACACUGACCAAAUACUUUGGUUCUCAGAAGGUCGAGGAGGAGGGAGCACGUCAGAUCCAUUCCUUCCUCGUGGACCGUAAGCUGAGGCUGAUGAUCAUGUUCCUAAGCUUUGCCUUGCAACCACUGGCUAAAUUUCAGGAGAUACUGGAAGAGGGUUCAAACUUUGGCCAGAUCCUCAAUGUUUCAUCUGGUCUGAUUCAAAGCUACACCUCUAGUUUCCUCCAAUUGACAGCCAUCGCACGUUACCUCAGGAAGUAUGAUGACUCACUUCUAAAAGAUGCAGCAGAACACCUUCCUAUAGGCAAGGUGAAAGUGGGCCACGAGGUUGAAGAUUUCCUGUCUUUGCACAAGGCAGAGCUCACUGAAUUGUUGGACGAAUUCCACAAGAAUACGGUCUCUUUCUAUGCAGCAGUCACGUCCAGCAUUGUCAAGAGCCUGCCUCUCUCCACUGUAGCCUUUGUAAACAUGGCUGCCAUCUUGAAACCCGAGGGGCGGCUUGAGGUGACGAGCAGAGCGGUGACCGACACUGCCACCCAGAUGGGCCUCUGCAAGAACCCGGAGGAGGUGGCCCAGCUCACGGAUGACUUCCUCGAGUAUCAGCUCUGUGAGGACGUGGACAGCCAGCCUGAUGUGGAUCAGCAUUGGAAAGGCGCGUUGAGGAUCAUGGGAAAGUCAUCCAUGUUCCGUAAACUCAUCCUCAGUUUUAUGUCUUUCCCCAGAAUGCUAAAAGAGGACAAGAUCUUUGCUCAGGUAUUUCAGACAGUUGGUGAGAGCCGGAAGGAUGUACCAGUUGAAAAGACAGAAGAGGCUCCCAAGAAACCGGACGCUGACGUUGAUGAUGCCCCAGGUGGCAGCACAGAGGCCACUACCCCACAGAGGCCACAAAGACCAUCAACAUCCCCAUUGACAGAUGUGGUAGAACUGAGUGAAGUAGAUACUGAGGAGGAGGCUAAAGAAGACGUUGUGCUGGUAAAAGAAACAAAACCAAGUAUAUCAGAAUCAAUAGUUAUUGAUGAUCUGGAGGAGGAGGACAUGGAUGACAAUGAGGAGGUCAUUUUGACAGAUGUAUCACAUAAUGAGAACUUAGCAUCAACUCCUAAUAGACAAAAACAAGGUUACCCAUACCAGGAUGGGAGGGGAUUUGAAGCUGGCGAUCUGGUUUGGGGUAAUGUGACUGGCUACUCCAGAUGGCCAGGGGAAGUGUUGCCAUGGCGAACCAAGAACACAAAGCCUGGCAUCCGCAAAGUGAAGUGGUUUGGGGAUGGAUUGCUUUCUAGGAUUCAUGUUGGUGGACUUCACCCUUUCUCAGCUUUCGCUGAGAGCUUCUGCCACAAAUCUCUUGCUACUCUUGCCCCAUAUAAGGCUGCUAUUCUCCAGUCCCUGCAGACAGCAGCAGAGCGGUGUGGGAAGAUAUUCUCAUUGAAGACCGAUAACAAAGACGAGCUUCUGCGACAAACGUUGGAUUGGGCUUUCAAUGGCUUCAUGCCCUCUGGACCUGAGGGCCUCAAGCCUUUACCCCAGACAAACAGCCCCACAGAACAAAUACCUAAUGGGAAUGAGUCUACUCUGUCCGGCUCGAAAGAAGUAUCUGUGUGUUUGAAACAAAUGAACUCCUUACACCUGGAGAAUGGUACCGAUACCAUAGCCAUGAAGCCCAAACCAAUUGUUGGAAAUGGGACAAAGUCUCCUCGCACUGGUAUUCUGGGUCGUCCGAGAAAAUACAAAAUUGGCGUCAAGAAAGACAAAGCUCAGAAACGAUCUUUAGAAAGUCAGCCAGAGUCAGAGCCCGAAUCAGACUUCAGCAGAGAUCAAAUGAUCGAUCAGGUUUUGGUCAAGGGGAAGAAUAUUGAAGAUUUCUGCUUGUCCUGUGGAACGGCUCAGAUCAGCAUCAUCCAUCCAUUAUUUGAAGGAAGUCUUUGUUUAAAGUGCAAGGAUAAUUUCACUGAGACACUUUACCGCUAUGAUGAGGAUGGCUACCAGUCGUACUGCACGGUGUGCUGUGCUGGGUUGGAGGUCAUCCUGUGUGGGAAUCGUAACUGCUGCCGGUCAUACUGUGUGGACUGCCUGAACAUCCUGGUGGGUGCGGGAACCUUUGACCGGCUGAAGGAGGUGGACCCCUGGAUCUGUUACCUGUGCGAGCCCAGCAGUGCAGGAGGUGCCCUCAAACCUCGGGAGGACUGGAGCAUCCGUGUCCAGGCGUUUUUUGCGAAUGACAGCGGCUUGGCGUUUGAACCUCACCGGGUUUACCCGUCCGUCCCAGCCAGCCAGCGGAGGCCCCUCAGAGUUCUCUCCCUGUUUGAUGGCAUAGCCACAGGAUAUCUGGUUCUGAAAGACUUGGGAUUUAAAGUGGACACGUACGUGGCAUCAGAGAUUGAUGAUGAGUCCAUUUCUGUAUCAAUGGUGAACCAUGAUGGCAAAAUUGUGCACAAGGAUGACGUUCGGACCAUCACAAAGGACCAUAUUGCGGAGUGGGGGCCGUUCGAUCUCCUCAUCGGGGGAAGUCCAUGCAAUGACUUGUCCAUUGUUAAUCCUGCACGUAAAGGAUUAUUUGAGGGAACGGGGAGACUCUUCUUUGAGUUCUACCGUGUGCUCAACAUCCUGAGGCCCAAAGAGGAUGACCCCAAACCAUUCUUUUGGCUGUUUGAGAAUGUGUCGUUCAUGUCUCACAAAGACAAGACUGACAUCUGUCGCUUUCUGGAGUGUAAUCCAGUGCUGAUUGAUGCUGUGAAAGUCAGUCCGGCCCAUAGAGCUCGCUGCUUCUGGGGAAACCUUCCUGGAAUGAACAGGCCCAUCAUUGCCUCUCAGAAUGACAAGUUGACUCUACAAGAAUGCUUGGAGAUUGGCCGCAUAGCAAAGGUUACCAAAGUGAGGACCAUUACCACAAGGUCUAAUUCUCUGAAGCAAGGCCCAAGAGAAAUUAUAAUUCCUGUCAUUAUGAAUGGGAAAGAUGAUAAUUUGUGGAUCACAGAGUUGGAAAAGAUCUUUGGGUUUCCCAAACACUACACGGAUGUGAGAAACAUGGGACGUCAGCAGCGGCAGAAGGUCCUGGGUAAAUCCUGGAGUGUCCCCGUCAUCAGGCACCUCUUCGCCCCUCUUAAGGACUAUUUUGCUUGUUAUGACAUGACCACAGUUAUCACCACUAAUACAACAGGAUGAUCAUCAAAGAAAUGUAUUUGUAUUGGUGAUGAAUUUUCGUGGAACUGAAUGUAUUUAGGUUUUAAAUCUCUGAUUUAAAAUUCUGAUUUCUCGCGUUUUAAUGAAUUGAAUAUCUCCUCAUGCAUUUUGUUAGUUAAAACUUUAUACCAGUGUGGUUUUUUUUUAAAAAAGGAAAUCGAACAUUAGAGUGUGUAUUAUGUGCACAAAUUUCCUCUCGGGGGCAAUCAUACCUUAAUCUACACUAUUUUUACAUACAAUUUUCUUAACGUAUUCCUGAAACUCAUGUACAUUAUGAUCUUGUAAAAUGCUCACUGCCUGUGUCCUAAUAUAUGAAAUGUGAAACACAUUUACCUCAUACAGAUGUAGUCAUCUGUUUUUUAAAAGUUUGCUGUGAGAUUUUUAUUUUGCUCAGAGAACUACUCAAAGUAAUUUGUGAUGACUUCCAAGUAGUUGUUUCUGCAGGAUCCUCGAUCAAACGUCAUCAGGUCCUCCCGGGAAGCUUCCAUAUUGAUGGAUAAAAACUCAUAAGUGUUGGCUUUGGGAGAAUGUAUCUGUUAAAGAUGAAAAUCAUCACAAAUGUUGCCAAUAUCACAAAUGCAAUACUGUCAAAUAAAUGUAGCUCAAU